CUCUUCCAUAAUAAAAGCUUCUAGUUCAAAGGGCAAACAUUAGCCGGCUAGUUAGCGUUAGCUUAGCCGUUAGCGUAGUCACUGAAGUCGGAGUUUAAAUUUAAAGAAGCUCAGUUUUUCUCUAAAGGGCGACUGUUUGUGUGCUGUUGUGGUUUACAAGCGGUGACGGGACAGAACUUGUUAGGUUAUAUGAAAUAUUUAAUUCAAGUUGAACUUUAAGGCUAACCAGGUUAGCAGUGUUAGCCGAGCCAUGCGUCUCCAGCACACAGAUGCAGAGUUUAGUUAGCGUUGUAGCUAAGUGACUUCGUAGAGUAGUGUAUGUAACGUUAGCUUAUGUUAAGGCUUCGUGUGACUUUUUUAGUUUUCUAACUUUAAAAAAUCACGAAUCACGAUUUAUAUUUCUCAGUAACUUUGGUGAAGUGGGUGGGAUAAAUGUGCUUGUUGGUUUGUUAACUUGUCUGUGUUUCAAAUUAGGUUGGUAAGUUAGUUAUUAUUAACUUUUGCCCGAACAUGGCUGGACCAGAGCUGCUCUUGGACUCCAGUAUCCGUUUAUGGGUAGUUUUGCCCAUAGUUUUUAUCACGUUUUUUGUUGGAGUUUUGCGUCAUUAUGUCACCCAACUUUUACAAAGUGACAAAAAAGUGGACCUGGAACAAGUGUCUGACAGCCAGGUGUUAAUACGUAGCCGUAUUCUGAGAGAGAAUGGAAAGUACAUCCCUAAACAGUCGUUCGCCAUGCGAAAACAUUACUUCAACAAUGCUGAAACAGGCUUCUUCAAGAAGGUCAAGAGGAAAGUGGUUCCCAAAAACCCAAUGACUGACCCCAGCAUGAUGACCGACAUGAUGAAAGGAAACCUCACCAAUGUACUGCCAAUGAUUCUAAUAGGUGGAUGGAUCAAUUGGGCAUUCUCUGGAUUUGUGACUACUAAGGUUCCCUUUCCACUGACCCUGAGAUUUAAACCUAUGCUGCAGAGAGGAAUUGAACUGGUGUCGCUGGAUGCAUCUUGGGUAAGUUCAGCCUCUUGGUACUUUCUGAAUGUCUUCGGGCUACGGAGCAUGUACUCUCUCAUACUUGGACAGGACAAUGCUGCGGACCAGUCAAGAAUUAUGCAAGAUCAAAUGACUGGAGCAGCUAUGGCUAUGCCGCCUGACCCCAACAAGGCCUUCAAGAGUGAAUGGGAGGCUCUGGAGAUUGUUGAGCACAAGUGGGCUCUGGAGAACGUCGAGGAGGAACUAAUGUCCCGAGACCUGAACUUUCAAGAACUCUUCAGCCAAGAAUGCAAACGGAACGUGUUCUGAUGGUAGCAGUAACACAAUAUUUAAAGUGUAAUCUGAUGGUAGUUUGUGCACUGUUACCAACAUAACCCCCCAGAAUAAUUAUUCAUCCUUUAUUUUUCUUCUUUUUGAAAUAGCAGAUCAUUUGAAUUCUCCAGAUCUAUUAUUUAGUGAGCCUGAAAUGUUUUAAGGGGUAUUUUGAUGUCUGAGAGAAGGUAUUGAAGAUGGUAGAUGUACAGACUUCAAGGGCAGCUGCCAUCCAGUGAUUAAUUUAAUGAGUGCUUGUGUAAAUGCAAUGUUAACAGUACAGUAGAGAACUGAGAGGGAAUGGAAUAAAUUAGUAUUCUUGUUCUUGUUUCUUUGUUCCUCUCAUCUCAACUCGAAGCUGCCGUUAUUUUUUUGGUACACCAAAUAUUUUUUUGUUCAUGUGCAGAGUAUUAUACUUCAUCUUCAGUAUUGCCUUAACUGGUGGUCUGUGUUUUGAAGGCAGAUUUAAUUUAGCUGUGUUGUUUGUUUUUGUGUGUAUCAGCUGAUAUUCUGUUGCUUGUACCACUCAUGCCUUCUUCUCUCGAAGUCUUCCUUUAAAGGAGAAUUCCACUAUUUUUCAAAAUUCCAAUAUAAGUAGUUAAGAUAGAAGCCAUUUGGAAUGGUUUGAUGUGAAACACUCAGUUCCAGAGAAACAUAGUCAGAAUUCUUCACAGUGGUAGUGAUAGGAACCAGACAUCUGAAGAGUUUUAUUACCUUUAAAAACUCUCUCACAGACAGUUACAACAAGAAAUGGUUAUGAAUAUGCUGCCUGAUGUCACAGACAUUGUUUUAUAAUAGUUUUGAGAUGGAAGAUUUUUGGUCUAAAACAUUUUUUUAGAUUUGCCACUAUAUUACUAUCAUUAACAUUACAUAUAGACACAUGUAGGUUCGCUGGUGCUUUUGGAUAGUAAACAAAAUAUUUAUACUCAAUAUUUGCAUUGUAGACACACAUCCUGCUUCCUAUCACCACCACUGUAAAGAAAUAGUCUGUAAGUUUCUCUACAAUAAAUCAUUUCAGAUCAAACUUCACUGAACCACUUCUACGUCUCAACAACUGAAUUAUGCAGAAAUUUUGAAAAGUCAGUGGACUUCCCCUUUUAACUGCUUUCUGUUUCUAUAAUGAGAAAUUGAAUGUAGCGACUCUAUUCUGAUCACUGCCUAUGAGUCAGAAAUUUCACUGACAAUAAAAUAAUAAGCAUUU